AUGGUCCUUUGUGACGACGACGGCAGGUACACCAACAACAACAGGUACACAACAACAACAGGUACACAACAACAACAACAACAACAACAACAACAGCAGGUACACAACAACAACAACAACAACAGCAGCAGGUACACAACAACAACAACAACAACAGCAGCAGGUACACAACAACAACAACAACAACAACAGCAGGUACACAACCAACAACAACAACAACAACAACAACAACAACAACAGCAACAUACACAACAACAACAACAACAACAACAACAACAACAACAACAACAACAACAACAGCAGGUACACAACAACAACAACAACAACAACAACAGCAGGUACACAACAACAACAACAACAACAACAACAACAACAACAGCAGCAGCAGCAGCAGCAGCAGCAGCAGGUACACAACAACAACAACAACAACAGCAGCAGCAGGUACACAACAACAACAACAACAGCAGCAGCAGCAGGUACACAACAACAACAACAACAACAGCAGCAGCAGGUACACAACAACAACAACAACAACAACAACAACAACAACAACAACAGCAGCAGCAGGUACACAACAACAACAACAACAACAACAACAGCAGCAGCAGCAGGUACACAACAACAACAACAACAACAACAACAACAGCAGCAGCAGCAGGUACACAACAACAACAACAACAACAGCAGCAGCAGCAGCAGCAGCUACACAACAACAACAACAACAACAACAGCAGCAGCAGCAGCAGCAGGUACACAACAACAACAACAACAACAACAGCAGCAGCAGCAGCAGCAGGUACACAACAACAACAACAACAACAACAACAGCAGCAGCAGCAGGUACACAACAACAACAACAACAACAACAACAGCAGGUACACAACAACAACAACAACAACAACAACAACAGCAGCAGCAGGUACACAACAACAACAACAGCAGCAGGUACACAACAACAACAACAACAACAACAGCAGCAGCAGCAGGUACACAACAACAACAACAACAACAACAGCAGCAGCAGCAGCAGCAGCAGCAGCAGCAGGUACACAACAACAACAACAACAACAGCAGCAGCAGCAGCAGCAGGUACACAACAACAACAACAACAACAGCAGCAGCAGCAGCAGCAGGUACACAACAACAACAACAACAACAGCAGCAGCAGGUACACAACAACAACAGCAGCAGCAGGUACACAACAACAACAGCAGCAGCAGCAGCAGCAGCAGCAGCAGGUACACAACAACAACAACAACAACAACAGCAGCAGCAGCAGGUACACAACAACAACAACAACAACAACAGCAGCAGCAGCAGGUACACAACAACAACAACAACAACAACAGCAGCAGCAGCAGCAGGUACACAACAACAACAACAACAGCAGCAGCAGCAGGUACACAACAACAACAACAACAACAGCAGCAGCAGCAGCAGCAGGUACACAACAACAACAACAGCAGCAGGUACACAACAACAACAACAACAACAGCAGCAGCAGCAGCAGGUACACAACAACAACAACAACAACAACAACAGCAGCAGCAGCAGCAGGUACACAACAACAACAACAACAACAGCAGCAGCAGGUACACAACAACAACAACAACAACAACAGCAGCAGGUACACAACAACAACAACAACAACAACAACAGCAGCAGCAGCAGGUACACAACAACAACAACAACAACAGCAGCAGCAGCAGCAGCAGGUACACAACAACAACAACAACAGCAGGUACACAACAACAACAACAACAGCAGGUACACAACAACAACAACAACAGCAGGUACACAACAACAACAGCAGGUACACAACAACAACAACAGCAGGUACACAACAACAACAACAACAGCAGGUACACAACAACAACAACAACAGCAGGUACACAACAACAACAACAACAGCAGGUACACAACAACAACAACAACAGCAGGUACACAACAACAACAACAACAACAGCAGGUACACAACAACAACAACAACAGCAGGUACACAACAACAACAACAACAGCAGGUACACAACAACAACAACAACAGCAGGUACACAACAACAACAACAACAGCAGGUACACAACAACAACAACAGCAGGUACACAACAACAACAACAACAGGUACACAACAACAACAACAACAACAACAGGUACACAACAACAACAACAGCAGGUACACAACAACAACAACAGCAGGUACACAACAACAACAACAGCAGGUACACAACAACAGCAACAGCAGGUACAACUGA